AUGAUGCAGAAGAAGGGUGCCCAAGGAAUUCUUACCUCUGACGAUCUUUGUCUUCUCAAUGGUCCCUAUUAUCUCAGUGACUCCAUUAUAGAUUUUUACUUCAAUUAUUUAUCUUCCUUCUACUCUCUUGAUGAUGAUGACAAUGGUAUUCUAUUUGUUCCGCCAACUGUUUCAUUCUGGUUGGCUAACUGUGGCGACGAUCCUGACACCAUUAAGGAUUUCUUGGAGCCUCUAAACUUAUCUUCCAAGAAUCUCAUCUUUUUCGCUGUUAAUGACAGUGAGCGAGUAGUUCAUAGAGAUGGUGGUGGUGGUACUCAUUGGAGUUUGCUUGUGUUCUGUAGAGAGAUGAAUAUGUUUGUCCACCAUGAUAGCUGCCAUGGUAUUAACUAUUUCAGAGCUGUUGAACUUUACGAUGUUGUCAAGGAACAUGUAAGAAGAUACUCCAAGAGUCCUGAUACACCACCGGAAGAAGUAGGGUGUGGGUCUGAUUCAGAGUUCCCCAAAAAGAAAAAGAAGAAGAAGAAGAAGAAGAAGAACAGGCAGUAUAUUAUGGAAGGGAGGACACCGCAGCAGACGAAUGGAUAUGACUGUGGACUCUACGUUAUGGCAAUUGCCAAAGCUAUUUGCCAAUGGUAUGAUUCUGAUGAAAAGGGUGAUGAGUGGUUUUCCAUGAUAGAUGAUGAGGUUCAUGCAUCAUUAUUGGAGUACUCCAUGAGAGGCGAAAUUCUGAAGCUUAUAACAGAUGAAGAUGUCUUGAAUAUCCAAAACCCAGAAAUAGUAGAGUGUAGUUGCAUCAGUUCAGGAGAAUGGACUAGAGGAUAUCAUGGUGGUAGUUUGCUUUCUGUGGACAGGAAAAGGUGGGAUGUUGACUUGAUUUCUGAUGUUUUUAAUGCGAGGGACUUAUUUUGA